AUGGAGCCGGACUUAAUUUUCCGGCGCGGGUUCACGCCGGGCUAUGUGGACUAUGAGGAGGACAGGACGCACGUGCUGCCGUACCUUCGUGCUGCUCUCGACCACCGCUUGCACCGCAGCCCGCGGCGAGUGCUGAUAGACUUUGGUGCAAACGCGUUCAGCACGAGUGUGACGUGGUUCCUGCGCAUGUACCCUCUCGAGUUCACUGAGAUUCACGCCUUUGAGGUUCAGGAAGGCAUGUUCGCCGUGCCCCAGCCCAACGACCAGGUGAAGGGCGCGGGGGAGAGGAAACGGUGA